AUGGCUCUAGAAGGGAUUUGCUUUCCUCCUGCUCUCCCCUCUCCUGCCUCCAGCCAGUCACUGGAUCUCAGGAUCCUGCAGCACUCACUCCCAGACCCAGCAGCCAAAGGGAAUUUCUCCCUGUGAUCCAGCAGAUGCUGAAGUAGAGAGCAUGGAUGCUCAGAUAAAACUCUCCUGGCACUGAAGUGGAUGAGGUAGAGAAGACUUCCAGAAGAAUGUUGAAAAGAGAGCAGAAAUGCACAUGAUGAUCCAGCAGCAGCUGGGACAGCUCCUGCCAGAGAGGACAGUGAAUGUCCCUGCUGCCCUUGCCCUGCUCGGUGGCUCUGUGGCAGCCCUGGGGGUCUGGAAAUGGCUGAGCAAAAAGAUGGUCCAGAAGAAAAUGGAAGAGGCUCGGAGGACCCGGGAUGAGGGGAUGAAGAAAAUGGCAAAGGCUGUCCAGCAGUUCAGGGAGCAGGUCCCUGGUGUCCAGAGGGAUGCAAUUCUGUCCCUGCCCCUGCUGGAACUCAGUGGAAGACUCCAGGAAGGGUCUCUGUCCCCCAGGAGUGUCCUCUACACCUACUUAGAGAAGGCCCUGGAAGUGACCCAGCAGACAAACUGCCUGCGACACUUCAUCCCAGAGUGUGAGCAGCAGCUCCAGGAAAUAGAACAGCACGAGGAGAAGGGGCUGCUCUAUGGCAUCCCCGUCAGCAUCAAGGAUCACAUCGGCCACAAGGGCCACUUGGCAACCUGUGGGCUCGUGCAGUGCCUGGGCACUCUGAUGGAGGAGGACAGUGUCCUGGUCAAGGUCCUGAAGAGACAAGGGGCCAUCCCAUUUGCAAUGACCAAUGUGCCACAAUCUCUCUUCAGCUACGACUGCAGCAACCCCAUCUUUGGCCAGACAUUGAACCCCCUGAACCCCCAGAAGAGCCCCGGGGGCUCCUCGGGCGGGGAGGGAGCUCUGAUCGCAGGGGGAGGCUCCAUCCUGGGCGUUGGCUCCGACAUAGGCGGCAGCAUCCGCCUGCCCUCCAGCUUCUGUGGGCUCUGUGGCCUCAAACCCACGGCCAGCAGGCUCAGCCUGUCUGGAGUGACUGACCCUGUCAAUGGCAUCCUGGCAGGUACAUUCAUUUUAAAUUCCUUUCCCUUACAUCCUGUGAAGAGCCUGAUGUUCUCCUGCAGACCAGAAGAAAACCUGAGACAGCCAAGCCUGUCUGGAGUCUGUCUGAAACUUCCCUCAUUGCCUGCUCACUCCAGCAUGGCUGUGCAGGGGGGUGGGGGGUGUUUGGCACACCCAUCUGCUCAAUGUGGAUGUUUUUGUUUUUUCUUGUCCCAUGCAGUGUCCUGUGCCGUGGGGCCCAUGGCCAGGGACGUGGACAGCCUGGCCCUGUGCAUGAAGGCGCUGCUGUGCCAGGAGAUGUUCCAGCUGGACCCCACCGUGCCCCCCAUCCCCUUCAAUGAGAAGGUGUACUCCAGCUCCACUCCGCUGCGGGUCGGGUACUACGACACCGACGGCUACGUCCCGCUGCCCCCCUGCAUGAGGAGGGCAGUGCAGGAAACCAGGCAUGCUCUGCAGGCAGCUGGGCACCAGCUGGUGCUCUUCUCUCCUCCUCGGAUCCCCUAUGUCAUGAAUGAACUGUUUUUUAAGACCUUUUUUGCUGAUGGAGGCCGUACCUGGCUGGAUGUGUUCACAGGAGAUAUUGUAGAUCCAGGCUUGAAAUCACAGGUGAAUUCCUGCAAGAUCCCAAGGCUGGUGAAGAAGCUGCUGGCUCUGCUUCUUAAACCUCUGUUUCCCCGCCUGGCUGACUACCUGAGUGCCUUGGCUGGAAUGAGAUCAGUGAAGGAGAUGUGGAAUCACCACCAUCAAAUACAGGAGUACCGCUCCCAGUUCAUCGCCCAGUGGAAGGAGCUCCAGCUGGACGUUGUGCUGUGCCCUGUCCUGGGCCCUGCCUUCACCACGGGAUACCCUGGGAAACUCCUCAAUGCCAUCUCCUCCACGAUGCUGUACAAUGUCCUGAACUUCCCUGCCGGGGUUGUUCCUGUCAGCACCGUGACAGAGGCUGAUGAGGAAGAGUUAAAGCUUUACAAAGGAUGCUGUGAUGACCCCUGGGACCGGACACUGAAGCAGGCUGUGUCAGGAGCCCUGGGGCUGCCCGUGGCCGUGCAGUGCGUGGCUCUGCCCUGGCAGGAGGAGCUGUGCCUGCGCUUCAUGAAGGAGGUGGAGACCCUCAGCCGUGACAAGAGAGUGCCAUAGUCACCAUGGUCCCCAAGGAGAAGGGACAGUGCUGCACGACUGCCACCAGCAGUGCAGAGACUACACCGAGCAGGGGAGGAGGAAGGAAAUGCCAUCUCCUGACCUUUCUCCUUGCCAAGCAACACAGAUCCUGUAAGGAACCAAGAUGCCCUGCAGGACUGGCUUAGCAUAGGUUCAAACAGUGGUAAAUCUAGGAACUGCACCUCUGGCAAGGAUGGCCAUGGAUGUGGGUUCACCCUUCACCUCUAUUUCCACCAGCGCUGCCUCCUGCAGAAGCAGGGCGGUGCUGAGAGGAAAGGAUUACAGAAGUUCAAUAGUAUUUUCUUGCUGGCACUGGAGCAACUUCAUAUGGAUAUAACUAUGGAAUGCCCCAUGAGGAUUACAACUGUGUCCAUUAGCUCCCACCACUGUAUUUUGCU